CAGACAAGAGAGCAGGUGAUUAAACAGCUGGCUUUUUGGGGGGGGGAUUAUUCUGAGUUUGCUUGCUCCAUUAAGAGGUUUUCUCAGAGAAGACAUUUGGCUAUGAGCAAGCUGUGGUUCAACUGCACCUUACCAGUGUUUGCAUUAUAUGUCAUUGCAGUAUGCCUAAAUCAUGCAGCACUUACUCUGGCCAUACAGGUGACAUCCACUGGACCACAGACUAUCAAGAAAGCUCAGGGGGAGAGCGUUACUCUGGGCUGCACGUACACCGUUGACCCCUCGGAUGUGGGAGCGUUGGACAUUGAGUGGACAGUUGUCAGUCAAGACAUGACCCAGAAAGAUCAGCUGAUCUUAUCUUACACCGGGGGGAAGGAGUACAAGCUGGGAGAUGCAUCCCUCAUGAGUCGUUUCCUGUUUGUUGGAGACCCCAGCCGCGGAGACGCGACGGUCACCAUUUCUGACCUCCAGGUCUUAGACACGGCCACGUACCAGUGUAAAGUGAAGAAAUCACCAGGCAUCGAUUCGAGGAAAAUCACUUUAUUGGUGCUAGUACAACCUUCGGCCCCUAAAUGCUGGGUGGAAGGCAGCGAGGAGAAGGGUGGAACGGUUUCGCUGCGCUGCAAAUCCUCUAAGGGUUCACCUCCUCUAAAAUAUGUAUGGACGAAAGAGAGUGGAAAUAUGCCACCGACCGCAAUACAGAAUCUCCAAACUGGAGAGAUGUUAAUUGGAAACCACAGUGACGGCUACACGGGGAAAUACCUUUGUGAAGUCCGCAAUGAAGUUGGCACAGAACGAUGCACCUACACCCUUCAAGCAUAUAACCCCACUAAUAAAGUGGGAGUGAUUGUGGGAGCUGUGAUUGGUGCAUUGUUGUUGCUGCUCCUCCUCCUCCUUCUGAUCUGGCUUCUGAUUUGCUGCUGCCACAAGCGGCGCUAUGAAAAAGAGGUUGCCAAUGAGAUCAGGGAGGAUGUGGCUGCGCCGGAGAGUCGCCCAGGAAGUCGUAACACAAGCUUCCGUUCUAUACUGAACUACCGUGCCCAUCCAGGCAUUAACUACAGCUCAGUUCGGAAUGCAGAGGUCUUGCGGGCUGGAUCAGGUCGCAGCAGCACUUACACCGAACGGAGUAGAGUCCAAAGGGAAGCCAGUAUGCCUGCUAGUGAUCCUAGGCCUCCGCUACGAUAUGACAGCAAAUAUGGAUACCCUGUAUAACUGACGACCUGCCAGUGGGACUCUGAACUAAAAAGAUUAAACUCACUAAAAACUGUGCAAAACCUUUGCAAGAUUUGUGAACCUUAAACCUGCACAGAAGGCAAACUGCAUAAUAAUAAUUGCAUAAUAGUGAUCUACUAAUAUAUGUGUAUAAUAGUGUUUAUGUAUUUUUGUAUGAUUUUAUUUUAAGUAUUUGCAUAGCUGGACAUUUUGGUUAAAAUGAAAGAAUUUCAUCAGAUUAUGAUGGUAAUUUGAAGAGUUGUUAAACAAAAAAAAAAACUUAAACUACCUUGUAAAUUUGAAAGUAAUAGAUUUAAAAUGUGUGAUCUAAGUGAUUGUUAUGUUACACAAUUAUACACAGUAUUUGGGCACUUAAGCUAUGCUUAAUGUAUGCAUGCAUUAUAUGGCAAAAUAUCAAACUAAGUGGCAUUUAUUUUCACAUGUGUGAACAGACUUUAUAAAUCCACUAAAAAUCAUCUUGACACCAGUUGGUUAAAAGUCAUUGCAAAAAUGGCUCAGAAAAUGUGUUUGCAGAAGCCACUUGGUUUGAUAUUUUGUCAUCUAAUGCAAUGACAUUCUGACAUUUUCAAAAUGUCCAAAAGUGUCUGAAUACUUUUGGGGCCACUGCAGUAGGAACGUUUGGUGAAAUAUGGUUAACAUUAAUGAAUGUUUUCAAAUUGUGACUGAUAAACCUUUAACUUUUAACCUUGGAAGCUUAAAAAUGAAAUGUUAAAGUAAAUGACUCGUUUAUACGUUUACACAUUUAAUAUCAGACUUUGGUUUAAAAUAGGCAAUUUUUUAUCAUUCAAAGUAAUAGUACACAAACUGUUAGAAUGAUGUUCAAAACACGUAUGAUUUUCUUGCUUCCCUGAAACACAAAACCAAUGUUCAUUGAAACUAUUCCUUUUAAGUUCUAAAAAAGUAACCUGAAUAUCUUAAGAUGUCUGUAAUUCAUUUUUGGUUGCUGGAGAAAACUUCCCCUGUGAAUUCACCUGCCCUGACAAGCAUUCAUUUCAAAUGAGCACUGUGAUUGGAGAUGAUGGGGAAAUAAAUAAUUUGCUGUGUCUGAUUUGCAGCUGCCAACUAACAGGUCAAUCAAUGCACUGCUGUGGUAAUUCUGUACAAGAGCGCCCCUUGGCUGCAGUGUCUUUAGAAUCUCCCAUUACCAACCUUCCAAAUUAACUCAGAAAUUACAAAUUACAAUUCUGUCAUUAUUUUAAUGACACUCCAAACCCAUAUGUUGUUAUUACCUGAGCGAAACACAAAAGGAGAAUUUCUUCAUACAGCUUUUUUCCAUAUUAUGACAGUUUAUAGGGACCAAUCUGUCAAGCUCUUCAAAAGAACAUAAAAGUAGUCCAUACGACUCGUGCAGCAUAUUCCAAGUAUUCUGAAGCCAUACAAUAGCUUUCAGUGAUGAACAGACUAGAAUUUAAGCCAUUAUUCAUUCUCAGUUCUCAAAGCAAAUUCGCAAUGUAUGGCACCGGUUAGACAUCUGUUCGCAUGUCUCAUGACCAUAUGCCAUUGUAUAGACAGAAUUUUUUUUUUACAGCAUGCAAAUUUGAAAAAACAUUAGUAAACGAUAACAGAAUUUUCAUUUUAGGGUGAACUAUUCCUUUAAACAGUCUGUUUGGCUCCAAUACAUUUUUUCUUGACCAUUUUUGCCUAAUAACCUCUGAUUAUGGGGAAAAUGUGUCUCGACUAAUGAAAGGAAAAUAAGAAGAGUGCAUGCGAGAAAGAAAAGGAGAUCUAAAAGAAAUAAGACCCAUGUGUGUUUCAUGAACCUGUACACAGCGUAAUUGUCCUUAUUGGUCGUUUGUAGCAGGUGACCAAUAUCCUGUGUGUGUGUAUGACGACACCCCCAAGUCUCUAUGAUAUUCUGGUCUCUAGAUAUGACUUAUUAAAAGCAUUAGCACAGGUCUUGUCAACACAUUGCAUGAUCUGAUAUAUUGUUUAUGUCCAUUGCCUGAGUAUGAGCAAUAAUAAUAGUGAUACUUGCUUUAGUUAAUAAUAUAAUUAUAGUUCUGUAGCAUAUGCAUGUGAUGUUUUAUUCAAAACAAUUCUGGAUGACAGAUUGUUCUCCAUAUUGAAGCAUUAAACCUGUUUGUCAAUUAAGAAAAAGUGGCUUUGGUGAUUUAAAUAUUGUUUGCUGGACAAAAACACAGUAUUAUAAUGGUUGUGCAAUGAUUCAGUGAGACAAUGUCUUGACUGUGACUCAGUGGCGGAUUUAGGCAUAGGCAACAUGGGCAGCCACCCGGGGUGGCAUCUUGCCGGGGGCAGCACGGGGCGCUUGCCGGGGGCUGAUUGGGUAAAUCUUAUUGCAAC